AUGCCAUCAGUCAAUGCAGAUUCACAAGCCAAACCAUCCACCAAAGACAAUGUUGAUGUAUUGGUUGUCGGUGCUGGUCCUGCUGGAUUGAUGCAAGCGGUUGUCUUGGCUCGUUGUGGUGUGAAUGUUCACGUCUAUGAUGAAAGAACUGAGUCAACUGCAAAUGGAAGAGCUGAUGGAUUACAACCAAAAACUUCAGAAACUUUAACUCAACUGGGAUUGUUCAGAACUAUUGAAGCACAAGCUGUGAAAGUUUAUGAUAUUACGUACUGGAAACCAGGUCCCAAUUCAACCUUGGUUAGAACUGGAAGAGCUUCACAUUAUCCUUCAGAUAUUGUUGAUGUCAGAAAUCCAUAUAUUUUGCUUGUUAAUCAAGGUGUCAUUGAGAAAACUUUAAUUGAUGAUUUGGCAACAAGAGAUGUUGAUGUUAAAAGAUCCCAGAAGUUUAUCACCUACACCAUUGAUCAAGGUAAUGAAUACCCUGUCCAAUCAGAAUUCAAAGAUAUUACCACUGGGGAACACUAUGUUGUUGGAUCUAAAUAUAUCGUUGGUGGUGAUGGUGCUCGUUCAGCUGUUCGCAAUGCUAUGCCAAAUAGUGAAUUCAAUGCAGAUGUCACAACUCUGAGGUGGGCUGUCAUUGAUGGUGUUUUAAAAUCAGACUUUCCCGAUUUUUGGAAUAAAACUAUUAUCAAAUCAAAAUCAAAUGGAAGUAUAUUAGGUAUCCCUCGUGAACGAGGUAUGACUAGACUCUAUAUCGAGCUUCCACCAGAGUUCCAAUAUGAGGAUUUAGAAUCAGUUCAACCAAUUAUCAAAGAUAUGGCAAAGAGAAUUGUUAGUCCAUUCACACUUGAGUGGGAAUCUGUUGAGUGGUUUACCAUUUAUAGAGUUCGUCAAGGUGUUGCAACUUCAUUUGUCGAUAGAGGCAGAGCAUUCAUUGCCGGUGAUGCUUCACAUACUCAUUCUGCAAAUGCUGCUCAAGGUAUGAACGUUUCGAUGCACGAUAGUUGGAAUUUGGCAUGGAAAUUGGCACUGGCAGUGAAAGGUUUUGGAUCACCAGACUCAUUGUUUACUUACCAAUCUGAAAGACAAAAAGUUGGGCAAGACUUGAUUGAUUUUGAUAAAAUCCAUACAAGUGCUUAUAAAGUUGGUGACUCUGUUGCUUUAUCUAAAAAUUUUGAACAAAAUGUCAAAUUUAUUGCUGGUGUUGGUGCUAGUUAUAGUUACAAUGUUUUCAACAAGGGUACUCGCAAUGAAAUUUUAGAACCUGGUGUUCUACCUCCUCCAGUCAACGUUUUGAGAUAUGUUGAUUCAAACCCUGUCCAAUUGGAAACUGUUACUCCAGUCUUUGGUCAAUUCCAUAUUUGUUUUGGGGCAAAGAAUUUUGCAAAGUCUCAAGAGUUCUUACAAAAUUUUAGUGCUAUUGUGGAACAAAAUCAAACCAAGUUUUCAAAAAUUUACCAUCAAACCAAUGUGAAUGAAUCUAAGACUAAACUCGAUUCAUUGAAUCACAAGAGAUAUACACCAGUCUCAAGCCUAUUCACCAUCUCAUUUGUUACUGCACCUGAAAAGCACAAUAAUGAAUUUGAAUUGGAGGAAUUGCCUAAUUUCUUCCAACCAUACAGAUGGUCAGUAUAUCUUGACCUUCAAAAUUCAAGAAGUGCCUUUCAAACUUGGUUUAAGAAUAAAAAUGAAUCAGAGGUUGGAAUCAUUAUUCUUCGCCCAGAUGGUUACGUUGGUUGUUCCAAUAGUUUCAAGGUGACUGAUUCACCUCAAGGUGUGGUAGACUGGCUAUCGGACUACUUUGAAGUGCUGGACUGCUGA